CUUCUUUCCAAUAACUCGUAAGGACACUGUUACGUAUCGAACCGCCAAAAACAAACAUUACAAAAAAAAAUGGCAUCUCUCCGCUUCCCCUUCUCGUUUCCUCAGCCACCAAAGCCCCCACGCCACAGCUUUCCCCGCCCAUCCUACGCUGUCGCCGCAUCCGCGGCCGUCGGCGCUGCGGCGACAAUCGGAUUUGUCGCCGCAACUAGAAAUUCGAUGAACCUACUAACCCCAUUUCUUGAAAGCACGUUGAAUUCAUCGCCCCUGUUGGCUUCUCUCUCUCUGGCGGACAAUUCGACCGCCCAUUCUGUUGUUGACCCGAGGACCGGAUUGUCGUUUCCGUCUGUGAUUAGAGAUUCCCAGCAGCUUCUCGGAAUUGGGUUGCGGAAAAAAGCUGUUCUGGGACUGAAGAACAUCACUGUUUAUGCAUUUGGUGUUUAUGCUGACAGUGAUGACCUAAAGGAAUCACUGAGUGAGAAGUAUGGGAAACUCACUGUAUCUGAACUACAAGAAAAGGACUUUGAAAAAGAUGUCAUGGAAGGCGAUAUACGAAUGACUGUUAGACUUCAAAUAGACUACGAGAAACUGAGAGUCGGGUUCGUUCGAAAUGCAUUUGAAGAGUCGAUUGGAACCCGACUCCAAAAGUUCGGGGGUUCAAACAGCAAAGCAUUGCUUCGAAAAUUCACUUCCCAAUUCAAAGAUGAAUAUAAAGUAUGUCGAGGAUCUGUAAUCGAUCUCUCAAAGGAACGAGGGCACGUCCUCCGAACGAUGGUUGAUGGGAAGGAAGUGGGAAGCAUUCAGAGCCAAAUACUGUGUAGAGCCAUUUUAGAUCUCUAUAUUGGUGAAGACCCAUUUGAUAGACAAGCCAAAGAAGAUAUCAGACGAGCUUUAUUUACUACUCUUCAGAAGGAAUUAAAAAAGAAAGCCAAAUAAUAUGGAAUGCAUUUUUUUUUUUUAACAUU